AUGGAUCCCGGUUGGAUACUUCACGAUGAUAUGAAUUUAUACAUUACACCCGAACAAUUUAUUGUGGAACCAAAUGGAAAAACUGAACUGUUAAUAAUCGAUCGUACUUCAAGUAUGGUAAAAGUGCAAUCCCUAACAAAUCAAUUGGCAAAUCUUUCACCAAAACGACGAGUGUGCGGUAUACUCGGUACAAUACACUUGAUCGGAGGGGAUUACUUAGUUGUGGCAACACAUCGUCUAUAUGUCGGUAUGAUCGAUGGUGGAGUAAUAUGGCGUUUAGCUGGCUACGACAUAAUUCCGUACAUUCCAAAAACUACGCAUUUAACACCAAAACAACGAGAACAUAACGAAACCUAUUUGCAAAUGUUACGAAAAACUUUAGAUACGAAUUAUUUCUAUUUCUCGUAUGCGUUCGAUAUAACGCAUUCACAACAACGCUUGCACACCAUGGCCGUUGAGGAGAGACAACAAAGUCUGUUCGAACGGGCCGAUAAACGUUUUGUGUGGAACGGUGCGCUGUUGAAUAAUUUCCAGUGCAAUGAAAUGCGUAAUUUCCAAUUGCCAUUGAUAUUGGGAUUUGUUUCCAUUAACCAGGUGCAAAUUAAUGGUCAAACUUUCUUUUGGUCCAUUGUUUCGAGGCGUUCGAUACACAAAGCCGGUACACGUUUCUAUAGCCGUGGUAUUAAUGAACAUGGUCAAGUGGCAAAUUAUGUGGAAACUGAACAAAUUGUGGAAUAUAAUGGACAGAUCAUUGCCUUUGUUCAGACACGUGGCAGUAUGCCCUUCUUCUGGCGGCAAUUGCCCAAUAUUCGUUACAAACCUCGUCCAGUUUUAGUGCCUGGAGAAGAUCACUUAGGUGCCUGUGAAAGACAUUUUGAGGAACAAAUUUCAAAAUAUGGCCGACAAGUUUUAGUUAAUUUGGUUGACCAAAAAGCUGCAGAAGGCGCCCUUGAAAAUGCCUAUCGCACAUUUGUCCAACAGCUGGACAAUUCCAAUAUACGCUAUGAAGCAUUCGAUUUUCAUGCAGAAUGCAAGAAAAUGCGAUGGGAUCGCUUGAAUAUUCUAAUAGAUCGUCUGGCUCAUGAACAAGAUGUUUUCUCAGUGUUCCAUGCGAGCGAUGAUAAACAUGUGCUGUCCCUGCAACAGGGUGUCUUCCGUACAAAUUGUAUUGAUUGUUUAGAUCGUACAAAUGUUGUCCAGAGUAUGUUGGCACGCCGUUCGCUGUGUGGUAUUCUCGAGAAAUUGGGAAUAUUACGUGUUGGCCAGAAAAUUGAGUCGGCAUCACCAGCAUUUGAAGUUAUAUUCAAGGGUGUGUGGGCCGAUAAUGCGGAUAUGAUUUCGUUGCAAUACUCUGGAACGGGAGCAUUAAAGACCGAUUUUACACGUACCGGUAAACGAACAAAAGCUGGCCUUGUUCAAGAUGGUGUCAAUUCAAUGACACGUUAUUAUUUGAAUAAUUUUGCUGAUGGUUUUCGGCAGGAUGGAAUUGAUUUAUUCUUGGGACGUUAUGUUGUCAACGAAUCUUUACCCUCACCAUUAGAAGUGAAGCACUCAUGGCGCUAUACAGCUUUCCCUGUCAUUUUGAUAUUCUCCAUGGCUAUGUUAUUCCUUACCGCAUUAGUUCCACCAGAAUUCAAUACUGAAAAUCUACUAUUUAUGCUAUUCUGGGGUGCCUUAAUCGGUGUCAGUAUUAGUGGUAUCUUCCACUAUAAUCUAGAGUUUGUCGAUUGGCCGAGGCUUUUUCCGCCCAUUAGAUUUCAAGUCUAACAGUAGAUUUAGAAUUGGCCGUGCUGAUAAUGGUGGUUCGCAUGAUAU